UAUGUCGAAGAAUGCAUACCUUUGUAAACUUCAAUGUAAACAAGUCUUUUAAUGGGUUUAAUUAUCAUUUUGUGGUAACGUUUAUCAGUUAUAUUUAAUCUUCAAGUGAUUCGUCUUAGUAAAUAUGUAUAAAUGAUUAAACCAUUGUGUGUUUUUCUGGAAAUUCGGAGUGUAAAACUGACUCAAAACCGAGUGUUUUCACACAGGACUACGACCAGUGGUAGUACAAUGGCAGGCCUAUUUAAUCUGUAUUAUAUGGCUGUUUAAUUUCCUUAUAAGAUUUAAUCAACAUAUUCAACCUCCAGUAAAGUGCGUUGAAAUGACAUUGCAUCAUGUUACCAUUAGAAACCUUGGACCAAUACAUGACGACAUGUAUUGCAGCUUGUGUGAUGUAUGCAUUUUUUAUGUUAUUUCUUUUGGUGUGUUUUUUGCGGAAAUUCAACAAUUCUGACAGUAUUAACUCAUUAGUGUGCCCACCUCCUAUUGAGCUUCACACAGUCACCAACCCAUAUCGGUAUUCUUCAGUAAGUCAGAACCCUCAAGUUUCUACCUACAUGCAGCCAUCAAGAUCCAAUCGAAGUUGCACUUCAUCAAGACAGAGUUCCAAUGUAUAUAAAGUUCAGUUGAAAAAAGUGCCUUUUGGUGGAAUUGACAUGAGCCAAAUGGAAAGACUUGCGACACUGUAGUAUAAAUAGGUAAACCAACAUAAAGCUUGUAUAACGUGAUAGACUUCUACAUGUUUUUGGCCGUAUUUGAAAAUGCAGUUUAAAUAUCAGUUAAGUUAAAUGGAAUUUACAAUUACUAGUCUCCCUAUACUCCUAACCUAUUCGUGAUUAUGUUUACAAUUAACAAUAAUCCUGAAGAUAACUCUUCAAAUCCCCUACAGAUAUUCACUUUAGCACAUGCAGUUAGACCAAGUAAGAAGUUGGUAGCUGGAGGCCCAACUGAUAAAACCCAUGAAUCAGUUAUUUUGAAUGAAAGGAAAACCAAUAAACUUCUCAAAAACAGUACAUCUCAGCAGGUUAAAGAAACUUUGACAAUAAAAUACGAAGCUACACAAAAUUCACAACUAAGAUCGAGACUUCCACUCAACAUGAUUGUUUCAAAAAUGGCGACAAGAAAACCAGCUCAAGAAUCAGAUCGUGAGAACGAAGAUCCUUAUGGAAAUUUUGAUGUAUCACUUUGCAGGAAAAUCAAAUUGGCACCACCUUCAUGGAGAAAUAAAUCAAAUCAGACAAAACGGAUGAAACCUAGUGGCUUCACAAAAAUUGUUGACAACAUGAAGGAGAAAUGUUCUCAAUUCAAUGUACAUAAGCAGCAAGACACGAGGAUUCUCUCCAAAGACAAUGUAAAGUCCGAUUUAAAUCAUUUGCUUGCUGACGUCACGAGAAGUGCCCAAGAUGAGAUGACAGCAUCUGUGUUGGAGUACAACUACAACAAGUUAUAUGGGAAACGGCAGGGACAGCAAACCCUGGUGAAGUGUAGGGAUGAGGAUCCACUUCCAGAUGAUUUUGAGUGCAGGAAUUCGGAGAGUCAACAAGAGGGAUUGUCUGUUCAUCAAAGCCAUUCAGCAACACCAGAGGAUUUUCAGUUCGACCUCCAGUGCUCCUCGAGGCCAGACGAACCAACGGAGUUUGUGUGGAAUCCGGUCAUAGUGACGAACUCUCAGUCCGAGAGACUUUUCACCCUAGCACAAGAGAGAACGAGGGAUGAUCAUCUUCCGCAAUACGAAUACCUGAGAGAAACAAGCUGGAGGCCUCCGAGUCAUGAUGAUCAUUACUACCCAACCAAUCACCCUCCUUCUCUUGACAGCCCCUACUCGCCGGGAAACUGUGAAACUUCCUCUACAUCAUCUGGCCAAACUGUUGCAGAAGAAAGAAUGCAGUUCAUCUACUAUGCUGCACGAGGCCGAGCUUCACAGUCGGGCAGACAUUGCACUGGAAUCGGGCAAGACUCUUCCAGCGCAAGAUUUCUGUGGCCUAAUGCCAACUCAUCCUUCCUCAAGUUCCUUGAAGAAUGAAUGCCCAGACUACGAAACUGUGUACUCUUAUAUUGUUCACGUUUAUAUAAUCGAUUUUUACGUAAUUGAAAUAAAAUACACGUAGUCUGUUUUCGUGCCAAACUGAAACUGCUUUCAGGUAUGUUUAUCCUUAUGUACAAUUCAACGGUGGUGAAAAUUUAAUUUAAUGUAUUGAAUUCCACUUAAAUCACAGUAAUUUAUGUUUUAAAUUAUUCUGUAAAACUCCAGAGAUGUUAAGAUUUUAAGUACUUUUUUUUAAGAAGGUUGUAAAUUUACUGUACGGUCUCGUUUAUUUAAGAUUUAUUGGAGUUGAAUUUGAAAAAAAACUCAGUUAAUACAGAAAAUAAAGGAAUGUUUAAACUUGUAAGUACAAAAAUUGAAAGUAUUAUCGAAAUGAUGUUUGAUACGUUCAAUGACCAUACGUAAAAGCUUAUUUCCUCUUUUACGUUUUCCUGUUUUCUGGCAUCUUGUGCCAAAUUCUCCGUUUUGAGUGAGUCCGCACAUGAGAAACAACAGUAUGCUUAGGUUUAUUAUUUUACUCCACACUGAACCAAUGUAGUUUGAAUGCUGAACAUGUUAAGCCUUUCAGUUCCACUGCUAUUUCCCCAAAUUAUAUGUAUAAAUUGCCAGCCCAUUCCUCGCAGAUGCAAAGCGUUCCUGCAAGCGUCUGGAAAAAAAUUUUGUAAAAAAUCAAUUAACUUUUUUAUUUGUUUGUAAUGAAAAGUUGUAAUUGUGAUACAUGCAAUAGUUAUUCUCUAUUUUUAUUCAUAUAAAAAAACUGUUAUACAAAAAAUGAAAAGCUAUUUCUUUUAAAAUGUUUACGAUGACAUGCGAUCUUUCACAGCUGUCUGUCAUCAUGUGCCCAAGCGGGUACACACUAGCUUUUGUAAAGCACAUUAUGCGCCCCAUGGGGGACACAUUGCUAUGCAUUUCCUUAUUGCGUUUUUGUUUGCCUGUCUUUGUGGUUUGUUAAAUGUGAUCCCGCGCUUAAAUAAAUAUCUUAAAUAAUAUAUCAUGUACCCUGUCAAAUAUUCGAUUGCUUAAUUUUUAAGGUACCCUUUGGGAUACACGGAGAAACAUUGAAAAAACAUAUUGAAAUAAAUUUUUUUGUGGAAAAUUGCGAGUAUACGUACUUUACUUAAACUUAGACGAACAAGAAAAAAGAUUAUGGUUUUUUCGCCAUUAUAUUGAAAAAUUUGAUGGCAAAUAAAAAAGUACGGAAAUAAGAUGUUGUCGUGAACGUGUUAAAUUUGUUAGGAGUAAAUUUUUGUAUAUGCAAUGUUUUAGACAUAUUUUCCAGUUACAUUAUGUGAAAGAGCACAUAAAAUUAAAUAAAAAUACAUUAUUGUCUUGUAACAUGGUAUCACAGUUCAAAAUAAAUACCACCAAAAGCCAUUUUGAGACAGUUAAAAAAAGCAACAACAAUGAAUCAUUUGAUUUUUGUGGAAUGCCGUAAACUAAAUAAUUAGUUAAAACAAAAAUGUAAUACAUGAAAUAAUACGGAUCAUAUACUAUGUAGAUGCCGGCAAUUUAUUCAUAUUUAACAUCAUCUACUAUGUAAAUGCUGCGGCGUCCGUCAACACAAUCCCUUUUAAUAUGCUUGUGGCGAGGCUUGGUCUCCGGUAAAAUUGUUUGAAAAAACCGAUCUGAAUAUGGGCCUGUGUUGCGGCACUGAAAGGAUUAAUGUACUUGUAUUCACCAUAAAUGACAUGUUAUGUACAGCAGUGAAUAAAACCAUGACAUUCUGAAACCUAUUAACACUCAAAAAUUGGCUGACAUAACCAACAUUAACAUUUAUCUGGACCUAUAUGAAGGUUGGGAAUUCAAUGUUAUCAUCCUUGCAUUAAACAGUCUUGAAAAUGAGGAUUUCAAUUUUGGGUUUAAUAUUAAAGGAUUUUUCAAAAUAUUAAAAGUAUAUUAUGUUUGAACUUAACCAAAUUAAUUCACUGUUAAAAGAAAACGAUUUGUUAUAACAGUUUUCAGGUUCAGUUAUAAAUUGUAUUGUUACUACUGAUAUAGCUCCCAUGAAAGUUUAUUCAGAAAUAAUACUCUAAAAUUUAGAAAUUAAUUUUGAAGCUGGCAGCUAAAAAUCCUGUAGUGGCGGGCUAUUUUUUCCCCAUUACCAAGCACUUAUUCUAAAUUAUCUCCACACUUUAAAUAAUGUGUUUUAUAAUGAUGUUAUAUGUUGUUUUAUUCAGUAAUAUUUAUAGAAUGAAAUAACAUACUAAUAAAUACAACUCAUUGAUUUACAUAUUUUUUACAUUAGGUGAAACUUGAAAUUAAAAACUGAAAUUUACAUAGUUUAGAGUGGACUAUGCAAAGCAAACGAACAUAUAGUUGAAAACUGAUAAUUCCAAAAUAGCUAAAAAAAUUUUUAAGGUUUAGAAGGAAUAAUAAGACUAAAAAAAUUUUAUGUUGAUAAGCAAUUCUUGUCAUUUCAGUGGUACCUAAAUAUCGUUGCUAAACUUGAUUUUAAAUGUUAUAGUAAAUUAAUCAUUUUACAACGUCAUGACAUUCAAUUUUAAACAACUGCCACUACAGCGAUGGUCCGUCUCGUUCAAAAAUUAAAGACUGCCAACUACAGGAUUAAAUCUAAUUAAGAGAACAAACUUUUCUCUUCAUUCACGAACCUCUUGACUUUCUGGUGUUUUCAUAAGUGUAAUUAUAAGAUUUAUAUUAAUUAAAUCACAUUUUAUUGAUUAUGUAAUUUAUUGAUCUCGUUAAUUUUUUUAAAGUGAUUAACUCUUCUUUAUUGUUUUACCAAUCCAAACUAUAUUUUUUUUAACUCAGGUGAUAGGUUUUAAACAAUUAAAUCGUUACCGUACUUGGUUUGUUUGUGCAAUAGGAACAUGUUCAACAUCACUUGUUUUUUGUAGCACAUCUAUAAUAUUUAUCUGGCUGUUUUGUUAUUGUUGUAUAUCAGAUUAUUUUGUUAGUAGUUUUCCGAUUUUGAGGUCAGUAGCAAAAAAAAUGUGUUGAUUGCAUCAACCUAUGUAUAGUUUUUACCGUUUUUAGCUGUUGUUGAUGAAUAUUUAUUAAAAGUGAGUAUUAUGUAAUUUUAAAAAUACAUAUGAACUUUCUGUAUCCCUGGUUUCAGGCGUUAGGAACCACGGUUUGGAAUUAAACUUUUUACUGAAAUGUUUUUAUAUUAAGAAUAACUUUGCUUUAACUAAUGCAAAGCAGUUUAAGCCAUAAAAUAACAUAUUUCAGCGGAGGAAUUUGUUGACAAUCUUUAGCUUAGCAAAAGGCAGUGGCAUAUCCCGAAGGGAAUAUAGGUUAUGCUCUUCCUUAAAUUUUGUGAUGUAUUUUUUCCUUAUUUCAUACUUGCCACAAACACCAGUGUUUUAUUUGCCCGUAAAGAAAGUCCAAAAAAUAGGACUUGGUGAUGCCACUCAUCUAAGACCAGUUGUGUUUAAUUAUAUGUAAACUACAUACCUCAUUUUAAACGCUAACUUUUAAUUAAUGUACAAAGACGUUUAUAAUUUAACUAUAUUAAAAGCUUUAUUAGAUUAGGUAUUACUGUUAAGUUAGUUUAGGUUCUAAUAUAUUUAACGUUAUUAUGUACAUAAUGUUAAGACUGUAAUAUGAAUGUUAAUUUAAUUUGUUAACUGUUUAAGUUAUUUUAUUGUAAAGCCGUGACGCUGCUGCAUAACUUACUUCAUGUCAUAAUUUAAUUUGAUAAAUAUUUAUUAAAAACUUAUGUUACAAAAACGGGUGAGAUUUGCUGACUUAGUGUUGUGUAAAAUAAUAUUAUGAGUAGAAACAAACAUUUAUUGCAGUACUAAUGGUCCACAAAUUAGUCAUUUUGAUUCUUAUAACCCUUUCCCAUCCUUUGUCGUCAAAGAUAUGUCGAUAUCACAAAAUCACCGCUAGUUAUCAUUUGUUGGAGGCGUUCCAAGAGGAUUAUUGUUAUCUGUACUGUUGUGAUAUAAAAGUACGUACAAUUUUACGUCACGUGUUAGUGUUUUAUUUUUAAUUUGAAAAACCAAUGUUGUUAAGCUAAGCCUUGUUUUAUGAUGUAAAAUGAUUUUUGAAAGUCAGUGAAAGUUUGGUAGAUUUAGGUGGUGAUUGAUCAUUUAUUAUUUUUUUUAACACAUUUGCAACAGUUGAAAUUAUUGAACUUUUUAAAAUUAUGCAAUUUCUAC